CCGGCCCGGAAACACGGCAGGGGACGGAGGUGGAUGCCCGGCGGCGGGGUGAGCGCGGCGUCUGGCCGGCUUCUCACCGCCGGAGAGCCAAGAGGAGGCCGAGAAGCGGCGGGGUCGGCGUCCAAGAGCGGCCCGGGAAUCUCCAGUAGCAGUAGAGGUGGAAUUUGCGGCCCCGGGCCGGGAAACGGAAUCCCGGGGGGCCUCGCGGCCAAGAUGAGCUUGACCCCGAAGGAGCUGUCGAGCCUGCUGAGCAUCAUCUCAGAGGAGGCGGGCGGCGGCAGCACCUUCGAGGGCCUGUCCACAGCCUUCCACCACUACUUCAGCAAGGCUGACCACUUUCGCCUGGGCUCGGUGCUUGUCAUGCUGCUGCAGCAGCCGGACCUGCUGCCCAGCGCGGCGCAGCGCCUCACCGCGCUCUACCUGCUCUGGGAGAUGUACCGCACCGAGCCCCUCGCCGCCAAUCCCUUUGCUGCCAGCUUCGCACACUUGCUCAACCCCGCGCCGCCCGCCCGCGGCGGCCAGGAGCCCGACCGGCCGCCGCUCUCAGAACGCCAGUCGGAGCUGCCCACCCAGAGUAAGGCUAGCUUCCCCAGUAUCCUCAGCGACCCUGACCCAGAUUCUUCUAAUUCUGGAUUUGACAGCUCGGUUGCCUCUCAGAUCACAGAAGCUUUAGUCAGUGGACCCAAACCUCCUAUUGAAAGCCAUUUUCGGCCAGAGUUUAUUCGUCCACCUCCUCCACUCCACAUUUGUGAGGACGAGUUGGCUUGGCUAAAUCCAACAGAACCUGACCACGCAAUCCAGUGGGACAAGUCGAUGUGUGUUAAGAACAGCACUGGUGUAGAGAUCAAACGAAUAAUGGCCAAAGCCUUCAAAAGCCCCUUAUCAUCUCCUCAGCAAACACAGCUCCUUGGUGAGUUGGAAAAGGAUCCCAAACUUGUUUAUCAUAUUGGACUGACUCCAGCUAAGCUUCCUGACCUAGUGGAGAACAACCCUCUAGUCGCUAUUGAAAUGCUGCUGAAAUUAAUGCAGUCAAGCCAGAUCACCGAGUAUUUUUCAGUCCUGGUCAAUAUGGACAUGUCCUUACAUUCAAUGGAAGUCGUCAAUCGACUAACUACAGCUGUUGAUCUACCUCCUGAAUUUAUCCACCUUUAUAUAUCAAAUUGCAUCUCCACUUGUGAACAAAUUAAGGAUAAAUACAUGCAGAAUCGUUUGGUACGUCUUGUUUGUGUCUUUCUCCAAUCCCUGAUCCGUAAUAAAAUUAUUAAUGUGCAGGACUUGUUUAUAGAAGUGCAGGCAUUCUGUAUUGAAUUCAGUCGGAUCAGAGAAGCCGCUGGCCUUUUCCGCCUCUUGAAGACACUGGAUACAGGGGAAACCCCUGCUGAGACGAAAAUGUCAAAGUAAUGCUUCCCCAGGACCACUGUUCGUUGUUCAGCUGUGCUGUGAUUUAAGUUUUAAAACUGUUAAAACCCUGAGUGGACUGCUUGGUCUAGUGCAUAUGAACAUCAUUUUAUCUCCUUACAGCAACGUGUUAAUUUUCCUGGGUAACUCUUUAGGUGAAUUUUUGGGUAAGAACUUGGAGAAAUAAGUCUUUUAGGUGGUGUCUUGGUAAAUAUCCAGAGGAGAGGGCUGGUUAUCCAAAAACGCCAUUCUUGGAAAAGCAAAAUGCUUGUUCAGGAAUCCAGUUUUACUGAGGCUCCAACCUGACACCCAUUCUUAAGAAGUUGUGAUCUGACCUUGAUGGGGAAUCUGUGGUGUUUUGAAUCCUCAAGCGGCAACCAGGACCUUGAACCCACUUGUGCAUGUACCUUUUAACUUCUGGUGAAGCGUCACGUGAACCAAGGACAUACUUGUCACUUUAUCCUACAGAAUUUGGGGUCUUCUUAGACAGUACAGUCAAAGUAUUCUUUGGGACUUUAGGGGAAAAAAACAAAAAACGUGGAAAUCUUAGAAAUGUUUUUAAAAUAGUUGGUAAUGUUUUCUGGUCUUACCACCCCCAAGACAUUCGCUUGUCCUAUUGUUCGUAUAAAAUAGUCACAAAAACAUCAUUUGAAAAGGGAAAACUGUCCGUGGGGUCACUUUGAGAGGUACUCUGAUGAAUAUCAUUUAAAACGGCUUGCUUCCUGUCACUGGGCAGAUGGCAUGGGGAAGCAUUAGAGAGGAUAUUGUGUUGAUUUUUAUGCUUCAUUUAACUUUUGGACAACAGUGCCUUACAUUAAAGUUCUUUUUUAACGAUGUUA